CAUCACUAGUAUGGCACGCUUCGAAGCAGCAAGGGUGGGCGUGGUUGUGGGCCUGGCUGGUGGCGCCAUCGUGUUGCUUGCUGUGCUGACCCUCUUCAUGUGCAUGUGUUGCCGGGGUCACCGCGGACCUACUCUGCCCCCGCAGAGCCCCCAGUUUGUCCUACCUCCUGCCAUCGCUACAGUGUAUAUAGCAGACGAACCCCUGUAUAACAGAUCGCCCUUCUCGGCGCCCAGAGAGUCGUACGAGGCACCUCCAUCGUACGACGAGGUGGCGCAUACCGCCACGUUCGUCAACCCCAGCUUCCGGUUGGACUCGGACUGACGGCUGCAGGCAGUGGGGCGACACGCAACGGCGAGAAUGCGCCACGUUGAACUACAGCUGAUCGUGACGAGUAGGUCGAAGGGCAACGGGGCGGAGGUCACCGUAAGCCUGUCGUCGUGUCGUGGAGGAGGGGCAACGAGAUUGCGAAUGACAUGUAACGGACAACAGAGAGUAUUAAUGGAGUUAAAGGAUAAGGCAACAGGCGGCAAGUCUGGACAGAUGCAUGAUGAAUGAUGCUGACGACCGGCAUUAUCCCUGCUCACGAUUUCCGGUUUCAACCAUUUACUCCCAAAUUUGACACA